AUGUGGCAGAUCGAUGUUUCGGUGGAUGUGGAGUAUGUGCCGGAGAAGGUAGUUGUGGAUGAUACGCUGCUUGACGAGUUUAAAAGUGUGUUUGAGAAGUUCAGUUUUAGGGAUUCGGCUGCUGGCGAGAACGAUGAGAAGAAGGAUGAAUUAGCUGCGAAUGCUGAGGCUAAGAAAAAGGACUCUGAUUCUGAGGAUGAGCCGGAUACUUUACUGAAGGAGAAAGGGAUCUCGAAUAAGAAGAAAAAGCUUCAAAAGAGAAUGAAAAUUGCUGACCUGAAGCAGAUAUGCACUAGGCCUGACGUGGUUGAGGUAUGGGAUGCAACAGCAGCUGAUCCAAAGUUGCUUGUAUUUCUGAAGUCAUAUCGGAACACUGUACCUGUACCACGACAUUGGUGUCAAAAACGAAAAUUUCUACAGGGCAAGCGUGGUAUUGAGAAACAACCAUUUCAACUUCCUGACUUCAUUGCUGCAACUGGAAUCGAAAAAAUAAGACAGGCAUACAUUGAGAAAGAGGAUAGCAAGAAAUUGAAGCAAAAGCAACGUGAACGCAUGCAACCGAAGAUGGGAAAGAUGGACAUUGAUUAUCAGGUUCUUCAUGACGCCUUCUUCAAAUACCAAACUAAACCGAAACUGACAGCACAUGGUGAUCUCUAUCAUGAAGGAAAGGAAUUUGAGGUUAAACUAAGGGAAAUGAAACCAGGAAUGUUGUCUCAUGAACUUAAGGAAGCUCUUGGUAUGCCUGAGGGUGCUCCACCACCGUGGCUUAUUAAUAUGCAGAGAUAUGGUCCCCCACCAUCGUAUCCCCAAUUGAAAAUUCCAGGAUUAAACGCCCCCAUUCCUCCUGGAGCCAGUUUUGGUUAUCAUCCCGGUGGUUGGGGUAAACCUCCUGUAGAUGAGUUUGGACGCCCAUUAUAUGGGGAUGUUUUUGGGGUUCAACAACAAGAUCAACCUAAUUAUGAGGAAGAACCUGUUGAUCGCUCUAAACACUGGGGAGAUUUGGAAGAGGAAGAGGAGGAAGAGGAGGAACUGGAAGAAGAGAUUGAAGAAGAGGAGAUGGAAGAUGGCAUUCAAUCAGUUGAUAGCCUUUCAAGCACUCCUACUGGUGUGGAAACUCCUGAUGUGAUUGACCUCCGCAAGCAACAAAGGAAAGAACCAGAGAAGGAAAAACCUUUGUACCAAGUUCUGGAAGAAAAAGAAGAAAGGAUUGCUCCUGGGACUUUGCUUGGAACAAGUCACACAUAUGUGCUUGGAACUCAAGAAAAAGCAGCUGCUAAAAGGGUUGAUCUUCUUCGUGGACAGAAAUCAGACAAAGUUGAUGUCACCAUACAACCAGAGGAGCUGGAAGUCAUGGAUGACGUUUUGGCUGCCAAGUAUGAGGAAGCCCGUGAAGAGGAGAAACUGAGGAACCAGAAGGAAGACUUCAGCGACAUGGUUGCCGAGGCUGAGAAAAAGAGGAAGCGAAAAAUGCAGGAAAAGGAAGGGAAGUCUAAGAAGAGGGAUUUCAAAUUCUAAAUCAUACUUUUGUACACAACCUCUUGAAGCCAUUGGGUUUUUUUAAGAAAUUAUAAGACUUAGGCUUUGACAAAGCAGGUUAGCAGCUGUUUGACAAAGUCUCUGCUGUAAUACUCUUUAUCUGUAUUCAGUAUUCUGCUCUUAUUUGGGAGAAUCCGUCUUAUAGCUGCUAUAGCACAGAUCCAGAUUUAAUCCAGACAUUACUGUUUUUGAUAUGGAAUUCGGAUCUUGAAUUCCUAUGUAGAAAUUGCUUUUUUCGGGUUUAAU